AUGGUCGUCAUUGUCACCGCUACUAGCAGAAUCAUUAACUGCAUUGGCAUUUUUACUGAUUUGGAGAUGAAAAACAAGAGCCGAUCUUAUCUCACAGCCUUCGAGUCCCGGGGCACGGGUCCUACAUGUAGCACGCCCCUGGAAGCCCCUCAGGUCUCCGCUCUGCUUCCCUGGAACACUCUAGGAUAUCCUGUGCAGGACGUGUCGCUGCCGAUCUCCCCCCUCCAGCUGCCAGCCUGCCCCCUCGACCAAUCCUUCAGCCUCCCCGCCCUCCCCCUCGACCAAUCCUUCAGCCUCCCCGCCCUCCCCCUCGACCAAUCCUUCAGCCUCCCCGCCCUCCCCCUCGACCAGUCCUUCAGCCUCCCCACCCUCCCCCUCGACCAGUCCUUCAGCCUCCCCACCCUCCCCCUCGACCAGUCCUUCAGCCUCCCCACCCUCCCCCUCGACCAGUCCUUCAGCCUCCCCACCCUCCCCCUCGACCAGUCCUUCAGCCUCCCCACCCUCCCCCUCGACCAGUCCUUCAGCCUCCCCGCCCUCCCCGACCGCCCCCUCCGCUCCACGCCGGCGUACCCCUCCAGGAGCUUUUUCCCCCGCCCGCCGCUGCCGCCCAGCCUCCCGCAGCCGUCGGAGCGCUGGCUCGCCCUCGCCAGGCGUUCGAGGACCACCUCCUGUUCCUCCACUUCCUCCUCCAGGAAGAACCCCCGCAGGGCAGGCGCGGAGGAUCACCGCCGGAAGGCCAGGGGGGGCGGCAGGCCCGGCGCCCCUAAGGAGUUCGUGCCCCUCGACCCGGACAAGUACAAGACGGAGCUGUGCAGGUCGUACCAGCUGUACGGAGUCUGUAAAUACGGAGCCAGGUGUAACUACGCCCACGGGCUGGUGCAGCUGCGAGGCGCCGCCCGCCACGGCAAGUACAAGACGAGGAACUGCCAGUCGUACCACCACACAGGCUCCUGUCGCUACGGCGCCCGCUGCUCCUUCAUCCACGACCCCGAGGAGGGCGUCCUCAAGUGCUCCAUCGCCAACAAGGAGGUGCUGGAGGCGCUGCACUACCGGCCGGCCAGCGAGGACGGCGGCCGCACGGCGAGCAUCACGUGGCGGCUCCUCGAGGCGGCCACCGACCCCGUCCCGGAGCUCCAUCUCAUCGCCUGCUCGAGGCCGCUCGAGGAAGAGCUCAGUCUCUUCCUCUCUUCCUACUCGCCUCCCGAAGUCCGCAGGAGGACCAGCAGCGAGAGGAUCGUUGCGCAGCAUGACGGGGACGCCCUUGGCUUCGCUCUGCCCCGCCGGAGCGACGCGAGAACAGAGCUGUUUCGGGAGAACGUGGAUCUGCUGAGCACGCUGAGGUCGUGCGAGCUGGAUUACGAUACUUUAGAGGACAAGUUGUUGACUGAGGCGAAGCAGCCCGUGGCCGACGCGGGCCAUGGGAAGGGAAGGACGAAAAGCGAGAGUGCGUGCCACGUGCUAAACCAGGUGCUUCAGACGGUGGACGCUGUGGCUGAUUCUUGCAUCGGGCCGUUGUGUCCGACUUUCGAUGACUUAGUGACGGUCCCCAAGGACGCCAGGAAACUUGACGACGAUUCCUUAAGUAAACCGAAUCGAAUUACGUGUCAGGAGGUGGAUCGCGAGGACCUGAAGGAGCUCGAGGUGGUGCAGGACAUCCUCCACAAGGCGCCAGUCUACUCCGCGACCGUCUGGAGCGACGGCACGUGCGACGUCAAGGAGGAGGGUCGUUGCGCGUCUCUGCCCGCUUGCGGCGAUGCUCCUGACGGAGGCGACCAAAGCUCGGACGACGAAGGGCAGCAGAAGAGCCUCAUCGCUCCCUCGUGGCAGAGGAUGAGGGGCUGCGUGUGCAAGAAGCGGAGCGUGGCCAGGAACAGACGCAGGAAGCGCCGAGGAAGGGCGAGCUCCCUGAGCAACGAGGAGCCGUCGUGGCUGUCCGUGCACUCUUCGCCGACGCGCGACGACGACGACCUGGUUUUCUCCAAUACCCUCCGGAGCGACGACUCCGAGGAGGAGCGACACCUGGGAGCCACGCUGAAGGUAGGAGCCAGCGGGAGUGAGGACGGCUGGUCCGAGUACGGCAUCCACCUCGCGGACUUGCUCCGCUCGCUGCGUGUCCAGGACUGCCACCAGCAGGUCCCCAGGUCACGGGCGAGCUGCAGGCACUCCUCGGACGGUUCCGUGGUCAGCCACCCCUCGCCGCCCGCGUCCCCUUCGGCGCCCUCUGCCUUGCGCCCGCACGACCUCACCAAGUACAAGACGGAGCUCUGUCGGUCUUUUCAGUACAACAGCUUCUGCGGCUACGGCGAGUCGUGCCUGUACGCCCACGGCUCGCACGACCUCCGCACGUACCCGAAGCACCCGAUGUACCGCACCAAGCAGUGCUUCAGCUUCCACCAGAAGGGCUACUGCCUCUACGGCAGCCGGUGUCAGUUCCUGCAUGACCUUGAAUGACAGCUACUUCUUUUCUUCGUUUUGUUCUUUCGUUCCUUCUUAUUUUCCUGGCGUCUCCGAAUGUUUUUUUGCGUCUGAAGCGUCUCCCGGGAGUGGCCACCUUCACCCUCUCUCGCAAGACAAACCCGGCUCUCUGCUCCGCACCACAUCACGCCGCACCACAUCAAUUUGUCACCCUCACCAGCUACUCGUCACCACCAUACUCAUCUCCUUUCACACCACCGCCACCUGGUCACCGCCAUCUCCGUCAUCGUCAUGCAUCCUUGACACUCGCUCUUAGUCGUCAGAAAAAAGGCUUCUGAUAUUUUAGAAUAUUGUAGAUCUUUUUGGAGGGAGGAAUGGAGAGCGUCCACGUUUUUUAGGGAGGGAAAUAUUUGAUCAGCGGUCGACAUGUUUAUCGAUUGCUUUUGCAAUAUUCAUGAUCAUUCGAGCAAGGUUGCAACAGGAUGCUUGUGGGCAGAGAUCGUCGCCGCCGCGGAAAUACUGGGAGAGCGAUAUUAUCACAAAUCUUAUUAUUGCUAAUGACUACGAUGAGGAAUAUACGUGUUCCUUUUGUUACUAGUUCUAUUUAUUUAGUUGUAUUAAGACAGUUUAAGAAAAAUGUUCACCUAUUUAUGAAUUUUUCACUGUUUAAAUGUUGCAUGCCUUAGAUAACUAAGUAUUUAUAUGUUAUUUAAAUAUAUUUUCUAUUACUAUUUAAUAAAGCAUAUAAAGUUC